CUCUCCAUACAGGAGCCUUGAUCGUGUGAGGAGGAACACAGCAAAUCCGUCAGACAUCCUGAGGCUGAUGAAGCAGCCUGUUGGGCCGACCCGUACCGCUGUGCGUUCUGCUGACUACAUGAUUAAUGCUGUUAGACUGAUUAAGAGAUCUUUGGAAAGACGGGAAAAACGCUCCAUAAAUGCCACAGAUCUGAUCUCUGACGGGGAUUUGAAGGUCAUUGCUGAUCUGACGGGCUGCUCUGCCCAAAUCCGUCUUCCUUCCUGCAGGACAACUCCCAAUUUGGACAGGUUUCGCACUGGAAGCAGCAACUGCAACAACAAGUGAGGCAACUGC